UUUUGAGUUCAGUUAAGCUAGUUAAUAAAAACAAUGAGCAUAAAGAUAUUCUUACCUACGGAAUACUUUUAUCAAAAACGUACCUGUCAUUUAUACGGCCAGUUGCACAUUAGCGAAGACAAUGUCAUCGUGUACUACGUGAUUGAUGCAGACAGCAAUAAGUUUGAGCUGGACACAUAUAAAAUGCGUUUCCUGGGAUCAAUCCUUUGUAACGACUCCUAUAAAGAUAGGAAUUAUUGUCGUUCGCAUGACAUGAGCUUAUGCUUCACCUACACAAACGAUUCGCCAAACAUUGCGCUUAUGUUCACUGCCAUUACACCUGACCACCUCAAUCAAAUUAAAUUAGUUCUUUAUGAUAAACAAACGCUACUAAGUCUUGUUAUCAAAGAGCAAACCCCUAUUAGCCAGUGGACAAGGGAAAGUCAUGUUAAUGACGAAUGCGAUUUCUAUAUGUUAGCCCAGUUGGUGCAACCCAAACCAGAUCCAUUACGAAAAUCAAAAGAUAUCUGGUUUUAUAGCAAUCAGUUUUUAUAUUUGUUUGCAAACAUUCCCAUGCAAUUAUUUAAACAUAUUGUUGGGAACACAUUUGUAAAUAGCAUUAUAACCCAUACAGUCAUUUAUACGCAUUAUAAGGAAUGGCAAACUAUAUACGCAACAGGUUCUAGGCUGACAAAUAUCAUGGUAGAUCGAGCAAUGGGUAUCAUACUAAUGUUGAUAUUGUUUACACUUGUCUCGCAUCCAGGAGAUUUUCUAAUACAAAUCUCCCAUAUUAUCAUACAACAGCUAUAUAGCUUGCUGAAAGUUUUGGAGGGUAGUCCCAUUGGUUUAAAGCUCAACAUACAUCUUAACAAUUUUUUCCUUGAUUGCUUUAAAUAUCACAUUGAACUGUGGUCAACGUUUUUGGAUUUAAUUGAACCAAUUGUACGUCAGGUGUUUCUUGCAAUUGGAGCUUUUGGAUGUUUAGGGUUUACGUAUCAAAUUGCACUGCUUGCGGAUCUAAUUUCAAUUGUUGGGUUACAUGCUCAUUGUUUUUAUGUUUAUACCAAAGUUUUAAAUAAUGUAGAAGUUAAGGGACUCACAGUAUUAUGGCAAGUGGUACGAGGCAAUCGCUAUAACAUCUUGAGAAAUAGAAUUGAAGCACACAACUAUAUGAAUCGCCAGCUAUAUCUGGCAACUAUAUUCUUUUCUGCAAUACUCUUUCUUUUUCCAACUACUCUUGUCUACUAUGUUGUAUUUGCAACCUUAAAAGCUCUGACCUGCGCAACUUUGGCAAUACUAGAGGGGUUUCGUCGCAAGCUUUUGAAUUUGCCGAUCGAAGUUUUCCUUAAGUAUAUAAAAAGAGGAUUUUAUGAUAUUGAUUGCCUAAGAGUGCUGGACAUCCCACUUCAAAAACAAUUAUUUUUUACUUAUCGAAAUUCUAAAAUAUUAAUUUUUGUAUAUAAACUUCAUGUUUGAAUAAAAAA